AUGGCAGACAGUCCAGACACAGAGAGAGGCUUUGGCUUUGACCCGUUAAUCCCUCGGGUGGUUCAGCAGGCCGCCAGCCGCGCCCCGAUUCUUCUCCCCUGGCAGCCUCGCGUCUUGCCUCUGGGUACUUUCUUCCGAUCAGCCGCCACUGCUAGUUCCUCCAACCCAUUCGCGCCACAAUCUGCAUUUGAUGCAGACUCUCUCUCCUCCAUCCCGAUCACGUUCAGCACCUCCGACGCGAGCGGUCGCUUCCGGUCGUCCGAGGGACUCAGCUCCUCUAGCUCGACUGAUCAUCUGAGCGUGGGCGUCGGAGUGGGGGUGGACCUGGUGUUCCUGGAGGCCAGCGUCUCAGUGCACUACGACCGCGAUGUGUUGGAGAAUCAUGAUGGGAACAAGGCCUCGGUGACUACCAGCUACCGAGCGGGGUCGGUGGCGUUCACUCGGCCGCCUGAACUGUCAGCAGAAGCAUUCGGGGUGUUUAUAGGCGACGAGGCCCACGGACGUCCAGGGGGAAUCGACGACUUUCACGCUAAGUACGGCGACUACUACGUUAGCGGCUACCGCAUCGGUGGCGACGCCUCCGUGCUCUUCACCACCCAAACUUCCACCCGCCACCUGACCGAAAUCGAACGCGUCGAUAUCACCGUCGAGUCCUGCUUUGGUGACGAGCAUGAACUUCGGGCCACCAGCUCCGUGAGCACGGAGCACGGAGCCGAGGUGCGCAUGAGCGCCUAUUCUACCAUCGAUCAGACGCUGAUCCGGGAGACGGCGCGGGCGGGUUCCCCGAGGCUCGAGGCCCUGCUGCAACAAGGGCGUGCCAUCCACCGCCGUGCCCAAACGCUGGAGGAUCGCGUGGCGCAAAGGCUGCAAGAGGUUGGCGUGCAGAACGGCGGACGAGUAACCCCACAACAAUGCAUGCAGCUAUGCGAACGCGCGCUGGUGGUGGAGCUGCUGCUAAUGCCGGUCGAGUCUCUGCGCCAGGUACGCCAGUGGUCGAUUACCAAAACUGCCCCCGGAGUCAGUUGA